CUAGAAUAUCCGAUCUUCACAAGCAAGAUAGAGUAACCAGGCUAGUUGAUACUUUUGUUAGAUUGCAGAUCCACACACAUAGUUCUACGCGGGAAAUCAUUUAUAGCUUGUCACUGCUUUCUAGGGUUUUAUCCUCGGAGAUGUCGCGAAAGUUAGUGUUGGACUACAUUAGUCUGUUGUGGACAUUCUGCGUAAUCCAUACGGGCAUGUCGGGCUCAUUGGAAGACACGAAAAGGUUAUUUAAGGACAAAGUAGAGCCUUUGAAUCCCCGAAUUCGCCCAUUACUAAAUCAAUCAGAAACCAUCGCAGUCAGUUUCCUCUGUCACAUUUCAGCUGUUACGGAUUUUGAUGAAACAUUACAGAAAGUGUCAAUGACCUCAUGGCUGGAUGUAAAAUGGCGAGAUGAACUGAUCGCAUGGAACGCAAGUGGAUAUGGUGACGUUACUAAAAUCUCACCCCAUCCAGAUGAUAUAUGGCGACCAAAUGUAGCAGUAGAUGGGACGUUUGGCGGAGCAGAGCUCGUUGGUGAUGACACAAUUAUCAUUAUUGUGAAUAACAAAGGCGAUGCUUUAUGGACUCCAGGAAUAAAGUCAGAAACCUUUUGUCGAGUAGAUAUAUCAAAAUAUCCGUUUGAUACACAAGUGUGUAAGAUUGAUUUCUUUAACUGGGGAACUAUUUCUGGCGAAUUGUCCUUAAGCAGUGAUGGAAUUGAUACUAGUCACUUUUAUAGGAACGGAGAAUGGGAUUUGAUUGACACGUCUGGGCGUGAUUUUAUUAUUGAAUAUAAUGAUGGAGAAUAUAGUAAACCCCACGUUGAAAUAACUAUCACCAUAAAACGCCGCCCAUCCACCAUAUGCUUGACCGUAAUUCUUCCGGUGAUACUAUUGUCUUUGAUCAACGUCUGUGCAUUCAUCAUACCGGCUGAGUCUGGCGAAAAGCUGUCCUUUUCCGUCACGGUUUUAUUGUCUCUCGCUGUCUUUUUGUCCUUCAUUAAUUCAUUGAUGCCCCAAACCUCCGAAACAAUCUCUUACUUGUCUAUUUGGAUUUCCUCACAGUUGGUUCUUAGUUCUGUGGUCGUUCUUCUGGCAAGUAUAAAUUUGGCCAUCCACCAUGGACAAAUUAAGUCAGGUAAAACCAACAAAGCAUUUGACCGAGCUCUGAUGUGGAUGACACAUAAAGCUGUAGACGAUUCUAACUACCCGGCCAAAGAAAACCAUAUGUUUCAUUCUGCAAGUGAUAAGUUUGACAGGAAGUGUUUGUGGAUUAUUUUUGGACUAACAAUUUCUAUAAUGCUGCUUUUUUUCGUUGCAUUAAUCGUAUAA